AUGAGUUUUGCGUUUGAAUAUAUUGCAAUGUAUUGCAUUAACACCCUUUAUUCCACUGAGAUUUUUAAUGUUAUUUCAGAAACCGAUGACCCUAAUUCAAUCUUAUGUGCUUAUCCGGUGAAGGAUUGUGUAAUGAAAUUCACAUACUCAGAACUCACCAAUGGAAAGACAAAUAUCAGUGUUCUCAAGGAACCAGAGUGUAGUACCGCCCCUGAUGUCAUGACGAUCUUACUUGCUGUAGUUGGCAGUAUUGUGCUUCUGGGCAUUGUCCUUUUGGCAAUCUGGAAGCUGUUGGUUACUAUUCACGACAGACGGGAAUUUGCCAAAUUCCAGAGUGAGCGUUCCCGGGCAAGAUACGAAAUGGCUACAAAUCCUCUUUACCGCAAGCCCAUCUCCUCACAUAGUUUAGACUUCACAUUCAACAAGCUCAACAGGACCUAUAAUGGUACCAUUGACUGAUGGGAUUACUCAGGUCUGGAAGAAAAAAAUGGAAUGUUUGAUAACUGCUUGGCUUCCUUCUUCAGUACUUGCCAAAGGGAAGAGGGAGCCCUUGGCAGCUGCACAAACCUUGAAUAAUGCCACAAAUAGCCAGAGACAGCUUCUAGUUGCAUGCUAAGGACAAAUGGCCAGCAGCCAACGUACUCUUCAGAUUUGUAACUCAAAGCCAUUCUGAUGUACUUGGAACCAGGCCUUGCUGAUUUGAGACUCUUCUGAUGUGGACUCUUUGGAAGCGCCUACAGACUGAACAAUAUACCAUUUAACAGUUUCAUCCAUAUUCAGUGGGCAAAGAUGUGCAGUCCCCAGGUCAGAGGGAUGUUUUGUUGCUGACAAUUUCUAGGGGGAAAAAAAAUCUAGCAAUGGAGAGCUUGAUGGUAAAAACUGUUAAAAAGAUCCCUAUGUAAUGCAGUCUUUAGAGUAAU